ACCGGCGUUCCUGCCCCUCAGAGUGUGACGACAGGCCGGGGCGGGGCCUGAGGCGGAAGUUGUUGUUGAUGCUGCAGUGGAGGUUGGUGUCUGUGUUGACAGAGCCGGGGAUCAGAGCCCGAGAUUUCCCCCGAGAGCCGCGGGGAUACACAGGACCGAUGAGCCGACACUCUCCCGUCUAACGGGCUCUAUGGAAGUGAUGGAGAGUCCCUUGAAUCUGGCACAUCAACAAAGCAGGAAAGCAGACCGGUUUCUGGCUACAGGGAAAUAUGAAGAGGCAAUCGCUUGUCACAGAAAAGCUGCUGCUUAUCUUUUGGAAGCCAAGAAGCUUACACAGUCUGAGCAGGCUCAGCUGUCUCUAGAGCUGCAGCGGGAGAGCCACUUGAAGCAACAGAUCUUAAUUCAGGAAAGAUUGAAAAGAGCCAAGAGAGAAGAGAAACUAAGAACUCAACAAAAAGCAAUAGCUGCAGAGAAGGAGCUUGGUGCCCAUCUGCAAACAUCAUACAAAUCAUCUACUGAUGAUGUCGAUAGCCAAAAUGCACUUGUUUCUGCAGGGCAGAAAUCCAGUUCUAACCCAGGGAAGUGUUUGCAGGAAAUCCACAGUGUCCUUGACCGAGAACCAGACUCUUUACUGUAUCUGCUGCAGAAGAGGAAGGAGCCACUGGAGCCUUACAAGGCUAACCGUGUUCCAAAAGAUGACAAAACAAAACUGGAAGAGCAAGCAACCAAGAUUAAAGAUCUAAACUUGCUGGUGGACACCCUUCUGGCUGAAAAUGAGAAACUAAAACGAGAGAAUCGGAAACUACGGGCAGAUUUGGUGCGGCUCCAGAGAAACCCUGAGAAAUACCUGGACAAGGACACAGAUUUCGUGGAGAAGUCUGAACUGUGGAGUCUGCAGCAGCCAACAGCAACUUCUUCCAGCCCAGCCUCCACCUGGCAGAAGUUUGUAGCAAAUACAAGCAAGGGUACGGACAUUCCUAUACCCAACCUUCUUCUUCCUUUAGACAUUCCCUUACCAGAACUUCCUCCCCUCGAGCUACCAGACGAUAUACAAUCACAAAUUACAGGACUUAAAGACUAUUUGGACAGCUAGAAGAUCAAGCGACCGUAUUUUUGGACAAUCGCAGAAAAGGGAAAACCACCUUGGCAGCAAUAUCGCUAAGGCCAUCGGGCCUUUGCAAGAGUUUACUGUAGGAGGUUGAGCAUUGGUAGACAAGUCACUGUGAAAUAUUCAACUUGAGUUCCUAUGUUGAUUAGACCUAAAAUGCUACAAGAGAGUGACAGGAGAGAUCUUGAUAUACUACUAUUUUUUUUUCUCUUCAAAACCAAAUGACUGCCUAAAAUAACUUUUUCCAAAACCUUGCCUACAGUUUUUAAUUGGUAUAUAUAAUUCCAUGAUGAUUACAAUGCAGAAGCUAUGUUGCAAAGGUAGUAAUUCUCUGUAUUUUAACCUGUUUCUCUCAUGCAUUUGGAAUGUACGAUUUCUAUUAUGCACAGUGUUUUUCUUUUUUUUUUUUUUUUUUUUUUUUCUUGAGUAAAUCUUUUCACAGUUGGAGGUUUCAGUUUUGGGUGGAUGACCAAUCUGGUUAAAGCCUGUUGUGCUAUAUUUCUGAGGGAUUUAAGCAGGGAUCUCUUCUCCCAAGUCUGCCCUUCUAUGGCCAUUAUAAAGAUCUUGGAGUUUCUAUUCCAGAGGGAGCUAAGUUGAUGGCUGAUUCAGUUCACCAAUCUUGGCCCUUAUUUGUAAACCGUUUUGGAAGGACUUGUGUCUCAAAGAUUAUCGGUCUACCCAAAACCAGUAUUCAAUGCUGUCCAAUUGUACCAUCUUCUAUUUCUUGGGGACAGUGUUGAGGAGAUCUCUAUAUUAAAGUCCCUAGGUCUGCGGGGACUGCAUUGGUGAGAUCUCUGUAUCUGAGACCUUAGGUUUGCUCCCAUGUCGCAGCUGUUUUUUAAGGAUCUUCUGUUUGUGUCCUUUAAUUUGCAUUAUGAUCAAUGCAGUAUCCAUGCCAUUGCUCCUGGUCUUCAGGAGGAGGAACGGCAAGACCCAGGCUGCAGAGGGCAGAACAGGGAGGUCCAGGGAUUUCCGUGUUCCCUGAGAGAUGCACAAAGCCUUGAGGUGAGCUAACCCAUCGGCAUCCACCUAUAACAAAUCUAGCCAUUUAGGGUGGACUUGGCCUUUACCACAGAAACAGUGUGUGUACCAUAUACACACCACAAUUCAUGUAUCAAUGUGUGCCACAUUGCACUCCUAGAUCUUAACCUCAAAUCAACAAGGAGACAUGUACAUUUUACUUUACUUUCUGGAACCAAAUUACAUGUAAUUUCUAAAUAAUCAGUUUACAAAAACAUAAAAAAAUCAGGGUGCAUCGUAAAUAACUUUGCUGUAUAUCAAUAAAAUAUGUGUUAAGCAUUGUUUAAAAAAAAUACUUACUGAAUGAUCAGUAUCUUGUUAUAACAGUGCAUGAGUGCAAGAAACGCUGGAUGACAGUAUUUGGUUGACAAUAAUAAAGUGUGUUUAUAUCUGAAA